UUUUGGAUAAAGAGUGGCCACUAGUAAUUGGUGGUUGCUGCAGCUCCUAGCAUGACAGUUGUGCUGGAAUUCUACUUAUCAGGAAUUUCGUUUCGCGCAGACAAGAAAGUUUGCCCAUUGAAAGGUCCAUAAACCUGAUAAGGCGAUAAAGCUGGUGUUUCAAGCCUAUAGUCGGAGACGACUGACUUUUUUUUUCCUCUUUUUUUUUUUUUUUUUGUUGUUGUUGUAUAAAUGCUACUUUUUUUAGCUCUCUUGGUCAUUACAGAAUUUGGGUGGCCGUUGUUGCAUACAUAGCCUGAUGGGUUGAUGAUGGGACUUGGAAGAAAUGGGUGGUGGGGUGUUUUGAAUUGGGUUCUAUGUAUAGAUGAGUUUAGCGUUAAGAAUUUCCCACCAACUAUACCUUCAUGAUAACCCGGUUAAGCCUCCUGGUUGCUGCUUCAAUUGCAGCCUUUGCAGUUAGGCAGCUUAAUGUCAAAACCUCAAGGUCAUCGACCUCAGAAGUUAGGCUUCCAGAAAAUGGUGAAGCGAACUUUGAACCACAUCAGUGUGAGGAGAGAGGCGAAGAGCAGGAUGUAUAUUCUUAUGAUAGACUCAAAGAGAAGGACGGGAAGGAGGAAGAGGAGGAAGAAGAGGUUAAAUUAAUUAGCAGUGUAUUUAACAGAAUUCAGGGAAAUCCAAUUGAUAUAUAUGAUGAAGAGAUUUUGCCUGAAUUUGAAGAUCUUUUAUCUGGGGAGAUUGAAUUUCCAUUUCCUGGUAAGACUAUUAAUGAUGCAGAGAUAGACAGGGUAUAUGAAAUCGAGAUGGCAAAUAAUGCAAGUGAAUUGGAGCGGUUGCGAAAACUAGUAAAUGAAUUAGAGGAGAGAGAGGUAAAGCUUGAAGGUGAAUUGCUUGAAUACUACGGAUUGAAAGAGCAGGAAUCGGAUAUUCUUGAGUUACAGAGGCAACUCAAGAUCAAGACGGUGGAGAUUGACAUGCUCAAUAUCACCAUUAACUCUUUGCAAACUGAAAGGAAAAAGCUUCAAGAAGAGAUUGCACAGGGAACUUCAGCAAAGAAGGAGCUGGAGGUGGCAAGGAACAGGAUCAAGGAAUUGCAAAGGCAGAUUCAGCUUGAAGCUAACCAGACGAAAGGCCAGUUGCUGUUGCUUAAACAACAAGUUUCAGGUUUGCAGGCAAAAGAGGUAGAUGCUGUCAAGAAAGAUUCUGAAAUUGAAAAGAAGCUGAAAGCUGUGGAGGAGUUAGAGAUCGAAGUUGUAGAGCUUAAGAGGAAAAACAAAGAACUUCAACAUGAAAAGCGGGAGUUGACUGUAAAACUUGAUGCUGCAGAGGCUAGAAUAUCAGUCCUCUCCAAUAUGACAGAGAGUGAAAGGGUUGCCAAGGCAAGAGAGGAGGUCAAUAAUCUUAGGCAUGCAAAUGAAGACCUGCUAAAGCAAGUGGAAGGACUUCAGAUGAAUAGAUUCAGUGAAGUUGAAGAGCUAGUGUAUCUUCGUUGGGUCAAUGCAUGCUUGAGAUAUGAGCUCCGGAACCAUCAGGCACCAGCAGGGAAGACAUCGGCUCGUGAUCUCAACAAGAGUCUGAGCCCCAAAUCUCAAGAGAAGGCUAAACAGCUGAUGUUAGAGUAUGCAGGAUCAGAACGAGGACAAGGAGAUACAGAUCUUGAAAGCAACUUAUCCCACCCUUCCUCCCCCGGAAGUGAGGACUUUGACAGUAUUUCUAUAGAUAGCUCCAGUAGUAGAUAUAGCAGUCUCCUUAAGAAACCUACCUUAAUCCAAAAGUUGAAAAAAUGGGGCAAAAGCAAAGAUGAUUUUAGUGCUCUUUCACCAACAUCCAGAUCUCUCUCAGGAGGUUCUCCAAGCAGGCGACCAAGGGGUCCAUUGGAAUCCUUAAUGCUAAGGAACGCAGGUGAUAGCAUGGCUAUCACCACUUUUGGCAGGAUGGAGCUGGAACCCUACUCUCCUGAAACUCCGACUCUCCCUAGUAUUAGAACACGGGUUUCAUCAAGUGAUUCACUGAAUACUGUAGCAACAUCAUUCCAUUUGAUGUCUAAAUCAGUUGAAGGAGUUGUAGAUGAGAAAUAUCCUGCAUAUAAAGACAGGCAUAAGUUGGCCCUAGAAAGGGAGAAGCAAAUUAAAGAGAGGGCUGGGCAAGCAAGAGCAGAGAAGUUUGGUGACAAAUCAAAUUUAAAUCUACGUGACCCUACAUCCAAGGUUGAAGGACAGAGACCUAUAAAUUUGCCGCCAAAACUUGCUAAAAUAAAGGAGAAGGUGGUUGUAUCUGGUGACUCAGGUAACCAAACUAAUGACGACAAGACUGAUUCUCAGACAAUAAGCAAGAUGAAACUUGCUGACAUAGAGAAAAGGUCUCCUAGGGUGCCUCGGCCACCUCCUAAACCAUCUGGAGUUUCUUCUGCCGGUAAAAAUCCAAAUCCUCCAGGUGGAAUACCUACUGCUCCACCGCCCCCGCCUGGUGCCCCACCUCCACCGCCACCACCACCUGGUGGACCACCCAGGCCACCUCCUCCACCUGGAAGCCUACCAAGAGGGGGAGGGAGUGGUGAUAAAGUUCACCGGGCUCCUGAACUGGUUGAAUUUUAUCAGUCAUUGAUGAAACGAGAGGCAAAGAAGGAUACACCAUCUUUAUUUUCUUCAACACCGAAUGCAUCAGAUGCCAGGAGUAACAUGAUUGGGGAGAUCGAGAACAGAUCAUCAUUCCUCUUAGCUGUGAAAGCUGAUGUGGAAACUCAAGGUGAUUUUGUCAUGUCAUUGGCAACUGAAGUCCGAGCCGCUUCCUUCACCAACAUAGAAGAUCUUCUGGCUUUUGUAAACUGGCUAGAUGAGGAACUCUCUUUCUUGGUUGAUGAGCGGGCAGUCCUCAAGCACUUCGAUUGGCCUGAGGGAAAAGCAGACGCAUUAAGAGAGGCGGCUUUUGAAUACCAGGACCUCAUGAAACUAGAGAAGCGAGUCUCUGCUUUCGACGAUGAUCCCAAGCUUCCAUGUGAAGAUGCUCUGAAAAAGAUGUACUCAUUGCUAGAAAAAGUGGAAACUAGUGUGUAUGCCCUCUUACGUACAAGGGACAUGGCUAUUUCACGAUACCGGGAGUUUGGAAUUCCAGUCGAUUGGCUGUUAGAUUCGGGAGUUGUUGGCAAGAUAAAGCUAUCAUCCGUGCAAUUGGCGAGAAAGUACAUGAAACGAGUAGCAUCAGAACUUGAUGCAUUGAGCGGACCCGAGAAGGAACCGAACAGAGAGUUUUUGGUUCUGCAAGGCGUGCGUUUUGCUUUCCGUGUUCAUCAGUUUGCGGGAGGUUUUGAUGCAGAGAGCAUGAAGGCUUUUGAAGAACUUAGAAGCCGUAUCCAUACACAAGUGGGAGAAGACAAUAAGCAGGAUACAUAAGUCUUUAUUUUUACUUUUUUCAUUUGCAUUUUGUACCUUCUUUUCUUUUGGGGUUGUAUAUUUCAACUGUCACUCCAUGUUGCAGAAAACAUCUCAUAUAUAUAUAUAUAUUGGACAUCAAAAGGGGGAAGGGGAAUAGAUCAUACAUAAUUUAUAAAA